AUGUCGAAAUUCUUGUGCUUCGGCAUAUUUCUGGCGGUCUUCGCCAACAACGUGUCUGUGACAAUUAGCUUGCGUCUCAUGCAAGACUCCGCACAAGAGGCAUUGCACGACUUCGAUGCGGAGGACGAUUCCGUGCUGUUCGUGUUGGGCAAGAGAGCGCCGCAAAACCAGCAAACAGUACAGCAGAAGGAUAAUCCUAAUGCUUACUGGGAGGUCUGGCACAGCAAGCGUGUUGCCGAAGGGCCAGCACCAGUCUACGGGCCGCAAAUGCCGCAGCCUCCAAGUCCGCCCUACGUUGAGUCGCCUUUGCCGUCUAUUCCCUUGCCACCUCCUCCAUAUGGGGAUAGGAGCCCGCCAUUCCCAAUGCCAGUAGAGCCGCCAUCGCCCUUCCCGGGCCCCGGUCCACGCGAGUCUGAGGCGCCGACUGCACCGCGCCCAUCACAGCAGCCCGAGACCUCUCCUUCACCGCCACCGCCAUCACCCUGGGCAUCACCGCCCACGCUGACCAUGCCGUCCCGAGGGCAACCCAUACGUGAAUCUGAGCCGCCGACUGCACAGCAACCGCUACAGCAGCCCGAGACUUCUCCUCCUCCAUCGCCACCGUCGCCCUUGGCAUCAUUGCCCACAUCGACCACGACAUCCCCAGGCCCAGCCCCACCUCAGCCUGACAGCCUUAGCCCGCCUUACUGUGUAUUGGCUCCCGCGGCCUGCCUGCUCGUCAAUGCCACCAGCGGAACAACACUUGAUGCCUUUGAGCUCUUAGCUCCUGGUUGGCAAAGUAGAUCCGCAGUUUAUCCAGAGUUGCUCUAUGAGUUUGGGUUGCUUGUCAACUCUGGCGGUGGCAUAGUACGAAAGCCAUGGCAGCCGUACGCAGAUGCAACGAUAGUGAUAUUUGCUGGACUACCGGAAGGCACUAACAGCCUGUACGUCUGCGUGCGUGCUGCGAGGGAUCUUCUAACGGCUACGGGGCCACGGGCAUGCGCAUCGGUCAAGGUGCAAGUCAGCGCACAGGUUUCGGCUGCUCAGAUCGCAAGGGAGAUGUCGGCGAUCCAAAGCAUCGUGCUGUCCGCAUCCACAGUGCCGACUUCCGUAGUGCUUACAAUGGCACGGCGCCUAGGUGCUAUUGCGGCGUCUGCAAACGGCUCUUUCGCAGAUUCGACUGGCACCUUGGCCUCUACACUACUUGCAGAGCUCGUGGCAUCUGCUGGUAACAAAACAUCGAGCAUGUCGUCCGUGCUGACAGUGUUUGGUGGCAUCAGCACGCUGUGGUUACUGGCGCGCGCCGACGGCCGUGCGGCUGCUGUGGAUGGUGUCAAUAGUUUGGCGGAGAAGCUUGCUUUGCAGCCGCUUGCCUUUGAAGAUGCGCAGCCUAUUGCAGGGUUCUUCGACGUAAUAAUUGCCGGUGCCAUGGAUAUUGUAGCAGCGUCCUCAAGCGGCGGCAAUGGCAGCGUAGCUGCACGUUCCAAGGCGGCACGUGGUAUGCUGGCAUCGGUGAUCCAUGGUACAGAUUCACUGGUCCGUGGGUUGUUGAACAGCGCUAAAUGUGACGGCAGCAGUACACGACUCGCCACAUCUCGCCUAUCAAUUGCUGCGGGGUGUAUGAACAUGGAGCUUGCAGCCGCCGCCGGCUCUGCCAUGUCCGUAGCAGCAUUGGGCACGGCAGUUGCAAGGCACCGACGAAUGCUUGCCUCGGAAUUGAGUGCCACGCCACCUGUCACUGUAGUCCUUGAUCCAGCCGUUGCCCCGCUUUGUGUUGCUGAUGCGGCAUGCGCGUCCACGGGUUUACGCCUAGCCGUUUCGAUCUUCACCGACCUUUCCCUGCUCAUGACGGCGCUGGGAGGAUCUGCUGUACCGCUGGCUAUGAACGUCUCCGACUAUCGCAUGGGUGGGCUGGUCGAAAUCGUAUCGCCCAUCGUGCGAUUCUCUGCGCCCGGAUUACCGGUUUCUGCUUAUGGCCUGUCGAAACUAGUGACAUUCGACCUCAUGCUGAACGCAACGGCUAUCAUGGCAAGAGGCGCCAAUACGAAGCGAGCCCUAGUUCGGCUUCAGGAUUCGGGCGCAGCUGCAUCUGAUCCCACUUCGGGGAUUUAUGAUGGGUCUUCGAGGACCCAAACCUUACAGUCCGAGAUGAUCAAUAAUGUAGUCACAAUCUCUGGCUAUAGCAACUUCUUGGGGGAUUUCGUCGUGCUGCAGUACGAAAACACGGCUAAUCCAACGUCGGGGGCAUCCCCGUCCCUACCGGAAGUGUCAAAAGUCGGGAACACAGCUGGUGAUGGACUGCAACCGUCAUUGUUGCUGACUGCCGCGUUGGUGAGCGUUGCGAUGCAGUCAAUUAACGCAUUCCUGCAGCGAUGUUAG